AUGGAAUUUAUAAGAGAACACCAUUUCAAGCAGUUAAAAAAGGACAACAAAACGAAAUAUUUCUUGACUGGUUUAUCAUCAUUUAAUGGAACAUUGCGAUCUAUUGAUCAUUCAUCAUUGGAAUAUAUCAAAAAAAGGUUCGCUGCUGAUGGGAUAGAAUAUAGACGAAACGGAUGCUAUGUGCUUCGUGUAAAAAUGUUUGAUAAAGAGGAAAUUAUUCAAGUUCCAUGCCGACAUUUGCCGCCAAGUUAUGUUAUCUGUCGACGACAGUGUUGUGAUUCUGGUCGACAAGAACAGGACCAUUACGUGACAGGCGAAGCGGCUGCUAUUUAUGGAGAUGAUCUGAAUGAGAUUCGUCAUCGUAGGACGCGACGUGAUGUUGCAGGAGCCAGUGAUGAUGCGAGCACAUCACUGACUACGUUCAUAAUUUGUUUUCUCGUUGGGUUCUGUUUUGGAAGUAUUUGCGUAAUCUGUGCUUUCAAACGCAAGGAAAUAUCAAAAGCUCUUAAUAAGAAGUCGGAUAGCAAAGAAGCUGAAGAAGGGCAAGGAGGAAAAGAAGAAGAGGAAAAAGCGGAGGACGCAAAAACAGAAGAUGCAGGAAAGGGAACGAGUAGUCCUCCUCCCGCUCCCCCUCCUCCGUAG